AUGAAAUUACUAGAACUUGAUUGCCAUCCACUAAUGGAAGCAUUUCGUAAGAGAGCAGCAGAUAUGCAACCAGAAGAAAGCGUUUUGUACCAUUUAUUGCUUCCGCCUGAAUAUAAUAUUCCUGCAGAUAUGAUGAAUCCACUUCUAUAUCUAUUUCUCGAAAAAACAUCCGAACCAGGUGUACUGACUCAGUAUGAUAACCAAAAUUGCGUUCUUAAAGUUCAAAAUUCUCACUUAAUUCCAGUUUCAGGUUUUGACCACAAUGAAAAGUUUCAGAUACUUCAAACUACCCCCUGCACAACGUCUGCUGGAUUUGGUUUUGAUAUGCACGAACUUGGUUCAAAUCCUUUCAUGCCUUCACCAAUUCCUCCUUUGUGCAGUGAAAUAGAAAGCGGCUACAAAAAUCCAGAAAAAGCGUUAGAAUUCCUAAGAGUGCGAAUACGUUCCGAUAAAUUGAAACCUCUUUUAGAUGAUAUUGAAAAUCUGGCUCAUAAAUCUACAAUUAACGCAAAAAACUGCCAAUCAAUUGUGCAAAACUUACAGAUUUAUAUGGAUAAGAUCUGCGAUGCUGUAUUUGAAGUUCGUCCUUUUCAUUAUAUCCCAACAUUAUUUAAAAUGAAAACAAACUUCAUCAUAUUUUACGCAGUCGUUAAUCUAUUUCAUACUAAAUUACUCAAUGCAUACCAUGAACUUAUGAAAGCAGAUGAUUCUAUGGCUGAAGAGGCUGUUCAGUAUCAAUCUCCAUCAAAAGCUCGUCCAGAAUUAAUUGAUAAAGCAGGUGAUUAUAUCAGAAAUCUGCAUAAUUCACCAAAUAUUGCCGAAUCAAUUUCUUCAGUUACAAAAUUCUUCGAAUCAGUUGUUAACGCGUUACCUGAUAAAAACGCAGCAGCAGAUGACAUCCUUCCAGCUGUUUGUGAUGGGAUAAGCCACGGUAGAAGCCUUUCUUCUUAUAUUGUUUCUACUUUUACUUAUCUGUCAGAGAUAUGGCCGCAAGAAGGUCUUAGCGAAAGAAUUACAUAUAUAUUAGUUACGUGCUCUAUCGCAGCCUCGCAUUUUGCGAAUGGCGUAGAUGAGUAUGACGAAAAUAAUAAUAAGAAAGUUCUCGUUCGCAACGAGCGCGAUGAAACGAUCGAAUUUAUCGAGAACUAUUUAGAUAGUAUUUAA